AACGUUCAAAUUAAACAAACUACCACGCACAAAAAACAGUCAGGGCAAAUAAUCAAGUAAUUAAGAUCACAAAGUAUGGAUGAAAAGGUACUGCUCAAGGCUGCAAGAUUUUGAUCUUGAGCUAUCCGUAACCGGUGAUAGCGAAGGCUCAGUGUCCCUUCAUUAUGCUGCCUACCAUGGAAGAGUUGAUAUUGUAAAAUUGUUGGUGUCUCGAAAUCCGACAAUUCUUGCACAUACCAAUUAUAAGGGUGAAAAUGCUCUCCAUGUUGCUGUCAAAAGGAAACAAAGCGAUGUGAUGACAGUCCUUGGAGAUAUGCUCGAAACUUUAGGGAUUGAAUUCUGCAAUCAAGUAAUGAGGCAGGCAAAAGAUGAAAACGGGAAUACUGUUGCGCAAUUGAUACUUACUUCUAAAUCACAGGUACCUGGAGUAUUUGAAACGUAUACUCAAAACAGUCGUGACGAAGGUGCCAGCACGGGCAACAAUGAAAUGAACAUGGACCUAUUUGUGAGGGAGGCCAUGAUUGUGAUCGGGGUGCUUAUAGCAACAGUGACGUUCCAAGCACUGAUGAGUCCUCCCCAAUCAUUGUUAAAGGAAGGCAUCGCGAAUAGGAAUUCAUCUAGGGCUGCUGUAUUAUUCCUGUCUACCAACUCGGUAGGAUUUUUGACUAGUUCACUCAGCAUUAUCUUCUACUCUAUGAAGGAGAGUGUAAUUAUGCUCUAUUUCUGGGUUGGAGCUUCCUUUCUUUGUACUGUUAUAAGUUACAUUUGUGUUUUGAUGUCUACGAUGAAGGAUGAUGAAGUAUUUUUUACGGUCUUCCGCACAUCAAUCAUAAUGGCACUACCCAAUCUGAUAAUUUCCCUGUAUUUUUCUUCUCCCGAAGUAAAAAACUUUGUGAAUAAAAUAAUAGAAUGUUUAAAAUCGUAAGGGGAUUUUGAGCAUCAACUUCCAUCACUUCACCAGAAAACACCAACGCAAGAGACUACUUCAAGGCUGUAAUCAACUGUAAUAUCAGUUUUAUCGGAUUCUAUGUAUUAAAUUAGUGUGAAUGUGUGACUUCUUUAAUUAAGCUAGUAUUAUCAUUUUUUAGCAGUUUCAAAAAUAAAGCAAGUUUCCUCUGUAAUAAGGGUCUUAAGUUUUUUAGUAGAGCCUUUAUAAUGUCCUGAACUCUAUGAAUCUUAUUUAUUUUGGAUCGUCUCUAAAACAUACUCUGUAUAAUAAUAAUAUAGCUAUGUGAGCUUAUCUGCAAAUGUGCAACAGAAAGUGUUCAAGCUUUAUUAGCAUUAAGCCAGAAAAGACGGAAGCUAAUCCAUGGUUAUGUAUACCCUUGUGUCUAUCUCUUUAAGCAAAUUAAGAAGCUGGAAAGCCUAUGCAAGGCACCAACUAAAGACAUUGCUGAUAUAGUUGAGGUUUUCGUUGAUAUCAUACGUACAAUUGAGAAUUACUGGUAACGAGAGUUGUACAAACUGAUAUCCUGCUAUGUUACUUCUAUGAAAGUUUGUUUUCGUGCUGAGAGAUGUUACAGUGUAAAAUCUCAAUAUUAAAUAAAAUUUCAGUUUUUUU